AUGAAUCGUCUCGUUAAGAAUGACAGCUUCAAAUCAUACAUCAAUCUUUCUAUGACUGAAAAAACUCUUGAAGAUGUUUUGGAAGAGUAUAGUAAUAAUAAAAAACUUUCAUCUACUAACAACAAUAAUGCUGCUGAUGACCACUCAAAGACUGGAACGGAAGAAGGGGGUGUUGAAACUGCUGACACUUUUGUUUCUGGGCGUCCUUCCCGUGUUAACAGUGAAAAAAUUAAGAAAGUAACAUUGGAGAGUGAGGCCAAUAACAAUGAAUGUAACAGAUUGUGUGGCUAUCUGAAGAAAUUGAAGCUGGGAUAUCGAAAUGUUGGUAGAGAAUUUAAAACCAGAUGGUUUGUUUUGGCUGAAGAAUCAUGUACAUUGUUAUAUUUUGCAACUGCUAAAGAUCUUGCUCCAUUGGGAGAAAUAAAUAUCAGCAAGUCUGUUUUCACUUUUCUAACAGAUGAAGAACAAAGUCUUACCAAUGUUUUUCAAAUCAGAUCACCUGACAAAACUGUACUAUUGCAAGCUGAGGACAGUCAAACCAUGUUGUACUGGAUUCAAAGUUUACAAUUUGCCAGGAAAAAAUAUUUCAUGAAAUUAGAAACUCAAAAACUGCAGAACUUUAAUUUAGCGUCAACAUCUCAGGAGUCUGAUGUCACUUGUGGAUCACACUUUUCAUUCAUUUGUGAAAUCGAACGACCUAGCCACACAGUGGGAGAAUCAAGUGCCAAACAUUUGAAGCCUGCCACAAGAAGCAAAUCACUAAGAGAUCUUUCAUUUGCUAAUUGGAGAUUUGAAUUACAAAACAAAUUUUCAACUAUCAAGACCAACAUAAAUGUUAACAAAAAUCAUGCAAUUGUUGAUGCUAAUGUUAAAAACAACAACAUCAACAAUAAUGAAUCAGAUCAAUUUGCAGACGACAAAAUUUCACAUCAAAAUUAUUUAAAUCAAAACGUCUUUUCUCGUUUAAAAAGUUGCAAACCCAUGUGGAACAGAAGUGUCAAACUCAAUAGCAACCAAAACUCGAAUAAUGUCAUUAGUGAGAUUGGAAAAAAUGAAAGUGAAACUGCCUUCAAUUCGUCUUUUUCAGGCAAAUGCUCCAACUGUGUAAAGGUUGGAUUUAAAUUUUUAUUAUUAUUGGUGUUAUUCGUAACUGGGUUUGACUACGGUGGGUUCAAUUAUUUGAAAAAGGUGUUGAGUGUGACCUACAUACAUCCAGCUGGUACUACUAAAUCUGUAGAACCCUGA